AUGGAAAGGGAUCCUCAACUGCCGUCCCUUCUUUUAGAAUGGCAGAAUUGUUAUCUGAUUCGCAAGGCAAAGGAGCAGGUGGCGGCUUUUAACAAUGCUACACAACGAAGUAUCAGCAUGGUCGUGGCACCCCCCCUCAACUCCAGUGCCUCUUGGGUCCCACCUCCAGUGGGAUAUGUCAAGAUCAAUUGGGACUCUUCGAUAAAGCAAAGUCGAAACCAAAUGGGGGUCGGAGUGAUCGUACGUGACCACACAGGGAAGGUUUUGGCAAUACAGUGUGCUACGAAGUGCUCCAUUACUCACGCUCCCCCGGCUGAGGCGAUCGGUGCAUGGACUGCGGUAAAUUAUGCUCGGCGUAUGGACUACCAAAAUGUAGUUUUUGAGGGGGAUGCGAUGGAGAUAGUUAGAGCUCUAAACAACGAAGGCAAUUGCUGGACAACCUAUGGGCAGAUUGUGAAUGCUGCUAAAGCAGAGAUUGUCCAACAUACGGGGUGGGUGGUUCAGUAUGUUAGCAGAUUAGCCAAUAGGGUAGCGCACCGUAUAGCAAAAGCCGCAUUUAUGUAUGGGGAGGGCAGAGAGUGGAAAGAGGAUUUUCCUUUUAAUGUGCAGGAGCCAAGUCCUGAUAAUCUUCUUCGACUGCAUACCUAA